GAAAAUACCCAGGUGUUUUUCCGUACUGCAUCGUGAGAUCCGGCUAGAGUCACCUCGGACACACACACCCAGGUCGUCCCGCGAGUGCGUUUUGUGGAGAUAUCCAUCAUUUCUUCUAACCGUGUGUGGCACUCGAAAUCGAUCGCUCUGAAACCCGGAAAAAUGAGCCCCUCUAACUCGUCUUCUGCUGCCCAAGACGCACACCGGGCCGCCGAGCUUCCAAUCGAUGUCGGGGACGUCACGUCGUUCUGCUGCACCGUCUUUCCCUUCGAACUCGACAGUAUGCAGUUCGUUCGAGGCGCAGUCCACCAAAUGAUCAAUAACUCUAGGCGUUUCUCUGGAGGCCAGGUCCGCGUGGAUUUUCUUCGGGCGGGGGGCCACCCGACCGUCUCGUUUCCCCUUCCCCCUGGGGAAGGGAAGGCGGAGGUUCCCCUCGCCCACGUCCAGCGGCUCUCCAUGAAAACUGCGCUUUGCUGCCCGCUCGCGACUGACACAACUGGCGGCUACUCGGCUGUCGCUGCAGGGAGGACCGGAAAGCUUCCCGGACAAGCUGCAAAGGGAAUCAGUUCGGGAACCGACGCAGACGCCGCGUCGGAAUUCGAUGCCGUUUUCGGCCUCGAAUUCAAAGACGAAGCCACAGCUAACGCGUUCUUCACAGAGUGGAGCCGCGUGCGUAGCCCGGCGACCCUGGGCUCGGCGGAAGUGAGUCCCGCGAGCGCUUCGGCUGCCCGUACAAAAGAGCAACGGAAACGCAUGGGUGGACACAUGGGGGACAUGGACGCGUCCGUCGUCGAAACGUACUUCCAGUACUACGGGAAAAUGGCCAACCAAAUGAACAUGCUGCAAGACACAGUCCGCACCACGACCUAUCAACGAGCGAUCGUGGAAAACCGCGCGGACUUUGAAGGAAAAACUGUCAUGGACGUCGGAGCCGGAUCUGGGAUUCUCUCCUUCUUCGCCGCCCAGGCGGGUGCCAAAAAAGUGUAUGCAGUGGAAGCGAGCAACAUGGCCGCGACGAUCGCGCUUCUUUGCAAAGGGAACCCCAGUCUAGGCAGCCGAAUUCAGAUCAUCAACAAGCCUCUGGAAAGCAUCGAAGACAGCGAAGUGCCGGAGAAGGUCGACGUUCUGAUUUCCGAGCCUAUAGGCACUCUCCUCUUCAAUGAAAGAAUGAUCGAGACGUACCUCUCAGCUCGGGACCGCUUUCUUAAACCCGGAGGCAAAAUGUUCCCCAGCAAGUCUUCCCUCUAUAUCGCGCCGUUUGUGGACUACGUGCUCCACUCGGACAUGAUGAAUAAAUGCAAUUUCUGGAAGCAGACGCAGUUCUGUGGAGUGGAUCUCUCGAACGCUCUUGAGGUCGCCGUGGUGGAGCAAUUUCGUCAGCCCGUUGUCGAUUAUAUCGACCCUUCCCUUCUGCUGGCACCCCCCCACCAAAAAGAAUUCGACUUCACCAAGAUUUCGCGCGAGUCUCUUGAAGAGAUUACUGUUGAUUUCUCUUUCACAGUCAACAGUCCUACUCUAGUUCACGGCGUCGCAGGCUGGUUCGACGUCUGCUUCGACGGCUCAGAAAAAGUCAUCAGCUUCACCACUUCUCCGCAGUCGCCUCCAACGCACUGGUUCCAGACGCGCGUCGUUCUACGGCACCCGCUCGCAGUCAAUCCGAGCCAGCCGGUGCUGGGGAGGAUGAGCAUGCGCGGAAACAAACAGCAGAGCUACUUCGUGGACGUCCUCCUCGCUCUGCAAGACUGUCCGGUGUCGACCUCUGCGAAGAACGUCGACCUCAAGGACCCCGACUACCGGUACUACACAAAUCCGAGUCACAGUUACUUCCCCAACUGUCAGCAAAUGGGCUUCCAAACGACCCAGAUGCCUGCAAGCGUACCGACAGAGAACGCGUCGUCCGCAUCCUUUGUUUCUUCUUCUCACAGUCCUUGUGUCUCUAACGUCGCGUCUGAGGCUGGAGCACCGAACUCGGUCGCGGGAUGCGAAGAAGCGAGGGAAGCUGUCCAGGGUGAGAAGAAAAAAUUUUCUUCCCCAUGGUCGGAGCAUACAGGAGCGCGAGCUGGGAGAGACGAAGGCAGCAUGAGUAUAGAUGCAGGCGUCGUGGAAGCGAACGACGAAAUUCACCGAGUGUUCUCAGGGAGGUAAAAAGAACUGGAUUUCUCUUCGAGAGAAAACCAAAAUUGAAUGGACCUCAGCGCCUGCUGGACUGUGGCGCAGGUACGAAGAGCCACAUCGAGCAAGAGAAAGAAGGGAGAGAGACGCAGAGAGAAAGAGAAAAGAAGAAAGACAAAAACAGCAAGAAAGGAGGGAAGCAACGGAAGGAAGAAAAGGAAGAGAGACGCAGAGAGAAAGGAGACAAGGCAAGAAAGAAGGGAGUGACAGAAAGAGAAAGAGUUGCAAGGAGAGAAAAAGAACGACAGAAAGGCAACAGAAGGAUGCAGGAGACGAGAGGGAAGGAUUUCGAGGUCGGUGAGACGACUUCCACUUUGUUUUCGAAACUGCCUGCGCGAAAGAGGAAGCUGCAGCGCGAGUGGCGAAGCCCGAAGGAAGGAGAAGCGCGCAUGCAGCUUGCAGAACUGGGCACCGUGAAGGCCGGUUGCUGUGGCAAAGACAAGAGCGUUUCGACGAAGGCGAACGCUGUGGGAGGCGGCUUCUUGUCCGUAGUGAUCAUAGCAGAAAGAAGGCGAGAAAGCAGAAAGGAGCACGGGAGAAUGGGAACCAGGAGGAAUAGACAAAGGCGUGAGGGGGAGAAGGGAGAAUAACAGGAGAGAAGGGAUAUUAUGCCUGUGAGGCUUCUUCAAAUGGAGCUACGAGUCCCGAGUUCAUAGUUUUUUCAAGUCGGAGGUGAAAGUUGCAGGGCGGCCACACGCGAACCUGCAGGUCGCUUUCGUCUGCAUGUGUUUAUCGGUGGGGUCGAGUCUUUGUGUCCAUCCGCAGUGUUUCAGUGUGUCUACGCCGGUCACAAGUUUCGCCUUUUCACCUUCGGUUUAACAAGGUCUGGGUUUUUGGUUCGGGGUGUAGCGACACUGCAAGGUUUUCUACCAGAAAGUGGAGGGUUUAAACUUCUGUAUUCCGGAGAAGGCGAGGAGCGAGCAGAGUGCGUGCAGCGUUCUUGAACCUGCUUUCUCUGCUCUUGUCUCCUCGUCGCUGUCACGGCCCUACGUCACACAUCGAGCUGGACUUGGACCCAACGCCGAAAACUUCUGUCCACGUGUAUGCAUGCAUGUUGAUCCAUCUUUUGUACUUUCCACGUUUCCCGCUGUGGGUCAGAAGCUGGGGGGAGCGGCGUGUGGCGUAAGUCGAUUUGUCAAGUGGUGAGCGAAAGGAUGUGAGGAGCGCGGUCGUUCGCACUCUCUCGGCCCGACCUUUCUCUCGCCUCUUCUCAUCUUUUUGUCACUUUUCUAGAGCGUGAAAAAGAGCGGAAAAAACGCAAGAAACUCUCCCUUUUCCGCGCACGCAGAAGUGUCAAAACUGCAGGACAGCGGCGUUGGCGGGGAAAAGCCGUCGGAGAACGAACUCAAGUGCCUGGAUACCGCAGAAGGGGCGGAUCCGACAAAAGGAAAGGACGGCGCAGUGGAGAUUCUUCCAGAGCGACUCUCGGGCACUCUCUG